CAGCGCGAGAGGUAGAAGGUGCAAACUCGUGCAAGAAGCCAGAUAGUUUGGGGUCACAACAGGACCUCAUUUAACCUUUACAGCAUUUAAUUAUUCUUUUUAUUAUUAUUAUUUUCAAUGCGUUGGUUCGGCUUUGGCUUCAACGGAUUUGCACAGAUCGUUGCGCAUGAACAGAGUGCUAUAGACAAAACUGAUGCUGUAAACGAGCUGAAAAUCAUCUGCCCCACGUUAAUAAAUACAAGUGUGAAGAAAUGCGUUUGUGGACGUAAUGCAUCAUCGGAAUUACAGCAAAUCCGAGCAAGCUGGAGUCGAAGAUUGUCUCUACUAGAGGAUGAUAGUGGUGUCUUUCUGGAUGGGUUCAGAGGACUCGGCAGCUCCAAUAAGUGCUGUGGUUUUGUUGAGCAGAGCCGUGGAUGCAAAGAUGCUACAAACAACGAGUCCCAGUUUACGCUCGCUUUCCAGGACAGAGUUGAGGUGUGGGAUUUUGAGAAGAACGAGAAUGGUCCAGUGUGGAGCAUGGAUGUGAGACCUUCUUUAGAAACACCUGACUCUUGUACGAAGCUCCCUUUAGUCCCAGGAGGUUACAUCGCCCUAAAGCCACCGUUCUAUCGCCCCAUAUCUCCACAUCUUCAAGCCAAGAGCCUCGCCGUGGGCCCAGAGCACGUGAUUCUUCUGAGUGCCACUGGAGCUGUGUACACAUGGGGACAGGGCAGUCAUGGUCAGCUGGGCCAUGGCAGUCUUACUUCAGAGGAGGAGCCCAGAGCAGUGGAGGCUCUCUGGGGAGUGCCUAUGAAAAGUGUAGCUGCUGGAGGGUGGCACUGUUGUUGUAUCAGCGCUACUCACGAUCUUUAUGUGUGGGGCUGGAAUGAGAUUGGACAACUUGGACUUCCUUCGCGGGGUGUGAGAAAAGUUCAGCAGCAAAACAGCCAUGAAAAAGCUUUACAAUCUCCAGAUACUAACAUAAAACCAGGAGAUGAACCAACGCAGACAGAGGACGACAAAGAGGUGUUCAUAUCUAUCCAGGCUUUCCCCGCUCUGCUCGACCUGAACCCUCAGUGUGACGUGGAGGCUGUGAGCUGCGGCUCCAGACACACGGCUGCAGUUACAGCUGAGGGGGACCUUUAUACUUGGGGUUGGGGAGAGUACGGACAACUCGGACACAAGAACCUUUUAAGUUCAGAUGAGCCUCAGUGUAUAGAGUUUUUUAAAGAUCACCACCUGCGUGUUAUUGAUGUAGUCUGUGGAGCGUGGAACACAUUUGCAGCUGUGGUUAAGCAGGAAGAACCACAGAAGUGCCCCUUAUGAUAAUAAACCAGGACUUUGCACGGCAUACAAGGAAGUAGCAGUUUGUACGUGUCAUGUACUUUGUGUUUUUAUAAGGUUCUCUUUAAAUCAUUCAUGAUACAUAGAUUUAAAAGACAUGUUUAUUUUUUUAAUAGAAAUAUCAUAAAAUACAAAAGUUUUAAAAUGUGUAUUGCAGCAUUAAGGGUAAAAGAUCCACAGUAUUUAGUAUAUAAUUUAAGACACAUUAUAUGAAAUCACUAAUAUAUAAUUUUUCUAACAUUUUUGUUGAAGUUCAGGAGAUGCUUUCACAGGACAAUCUUGAAAGAACUG